GGAUUUGUUUGUGUUUGAGAUGAAAGAAUCCUGUCAACCGUACGGAAAUAUUGGUCGUCAUUUGCAUUCUGUGAGUAGGGCGACAGGAAAAGUGAUUGAUUUUUGUUGGACAGUUGCUAUGCUGUCCCGUAUGCGGAUGAUUCUGACAACUGUUGGCCACAAACUGUGAGCGUUUGAAGUCUCCUGUUAAUCAAAUUAUUUGGCUGGUUCAACUUGACCAGUUUGUUUUACAGCUGACCUACGCCAGGACAUGCCGAAAUGUUAUGGAAGCUCGUUAGUGACAUGAAACUAAACAACAUGACUUCUUCAUAUUGUUUUUAGACGAGUGACAAGCAAGGCACCUUGCCACGCUACGUGUUAUAUUGUGCUUACUGUUUGCCGUUUAAAUCAUUAAUUCCAGUUUUAUGCGUUCAGAGCAGCUGUUUAUGUCAAAUUCCAGCGUUCCUAACGUUAUGUGAUUUUGUGAACAUUCACGAGCGAAAUUCUACAUGACACGAUGCUAUGUUGAGGAUGAAAAGUUGUGAGGGAAGAUGUAAAGUGGACAUUUUGCUGCUCAAACGCGUUUUUAUGCUUCCAAGCCAUUGUGAAUAAAAUGGCAGAUAAUGAAGUACUCCAAGAGGAAGCUAAGAGUGUGAAAAGUAACACUGUUACAGUAUUGGUGGAGAACGAAACACCGGUGAUCGUUUCGGAGGAGGCCAACGGAAGCGAUGGAAAAUCUCGUUCCUCUUCAAUCGCCUGGUCGUCUACUCCGAGUUUGAAUCAAAGAAGUACUGAGAAGUUUCGGAGUUUAAAACGACGAUCAUCGGUGGAGAAUUUUGGACAAUUUGGCUUUUUGGUGCCUGCUUUGUCUCUAGUUCCUCAGGCUGACGGGGCUGAUGCUCUCACCCAGCAGUUUGGUGAUCUUCAAGGUACUCACAGGGAACUGAAAUUAGCCUCAGCUCAUAUUGAUGAUGCACUUAAGGGAAGAGGAAGCUAUGGAAAGGCUCGCUCAUACUUUAAACCAAGGCUUGCACAAAAAUGCUUUGAUAUUUUGGACAAUCCCUGGUUUCGUUAUCUUAUCAUCUGGAACUCCCUGUUACAUUCCUUUCUUAUCUUCUUUGAGCCUCCAACUAUUCAAGUAUUAAGAGUUCAUCCAAUUGUCUAUGUUCUGAACAUGUCCUGUAUUAUGCUGUUCAUCUUUGAUCUUGUGGUGCACAUUAUCUUUUUGACGUGGCCUGUGUUUUGGUCAAGAAGAACUGAAGGAGGCUGGUGGAAUGGGGUAGAAUUUGUACUUGUUUGCUUUUUCACUGUGGAUUUUGUAUUGCUGGUAAUAUCCAGGUUUUUAGGAGAGUAUAUUCCGCCCAUUUUUAGAUCUUUCAGAUUAGCACUUAUUUUGUGUAAAGUGAAGAAUAUUCAACAUAUUUUUAAUGUAUUAAUGACAAUUGGAUUCAAGCUUUCAAAGUUAUUUUUUAUAAUUCUAGUAUUCGUUCUAAUGUGUGCCUGUAUCGGAGUUCAUGUCCUUAUGGACGCUUAUCAGUGCAAUGGUCCUUUGGAUAAUUCAUCAUCAACAACUGCCCAUCAUGGGAAAACAGUUCCAUGUUAUGUACAAAGUGAAGAAAAAGUUUACCAGGGGGCUUUUGAUCAUGUGGCAUUUGGAAUGCUGAAGUUGUUUGUCCUACUAUCAACUGAAAAUUUCCCAGAGGUAAUGCUUCCAGCCCUUAGAGUGGAAUCAGCUUAUUUUAUUUAUUUUGGGCUGUUUGUGUUUGUUGGUGUGUUCUUUUUGACAGCAAUCCUUCUGGCAAUUGUGGUGGACAGUUAUUGGGUUUAUUCCAAAAAGCAUGUCAAGAAAGAACGUGCUAGAGAGAGAGCUGAACUGGCAAAGGCUUGGAAUCUUUUAGAUCCUCUUGGAAAGGGAGCCUUGAGCCUUGAAGAUGAAAAAUUCACCUUGCUGUUUCACCUCUUGAAGCCAAAGAACUCAGAUGCAGAGAAUUUAGUUCUGAUUGAAAUGUUAGAUACCAAUGAGGAUGGUGAAGUAGACUCUUUUGAAUGGACAACGAUGUUGAGCAAGGUUUUAAGUCUUGAAUUUGAAGAUGACGACGACCUCCUGUUACUAGAUGAGACACCUGGUCUAUCAAAGUGGAUGAUUAGCACUCGAGAAAGCGCCAAGUCCCUUUCAGAGAGUAUAUUAUUCUCUCGUUUCAUCUUAUUCCUGAUCAUUGUACACUGCAUUCUGUUUGCUUUUAAAUGGAAAGGACAAGACAAACAGAUUGAAUUCAUAGUACAAGUAUUUAGAAGUGUUAUCGUUACAAUUUUCCUGAUUGAAGGCGGCACACGACUUGUGGCAUUAGGAAGACGAAUUUUACAACCACAGGAGAUUCUGGACCUUCUUUUGGUCGUCUUAGCUUUCUGCUCAAACUUUGUUUGGUACACCAACUACCCAGACUUUUUCUGGUUCAGAGAUUAUGCGACGACAAUUUCCAGCCUAGCUGUGUUUUGUCGCCUUCCGUUCAACAACAGUCAGCUGAAGCAAGCUGUUUCCAUCUUCUCUAGGAUCGCACCAGUAAUGGUGGAUCUUCUGUGUCUCUUAGGAAUAAUUUUGUUUCUGUUAGCGAGCGUGGGAAUGGAGCUGUUUCAUGACGUGCGCAUGUCUGAUCUUGUUCCAGAUGGUAACCACGAGUAACUGGCAUGAAAUUAUGAACUCAGUGAUGGAAGCCACUAAAUCGAACUGGACCAGUUUGUAUUUUGUUGCAGCAUAUAUCUUGGUCAACAUGGUGAUCAUGAAUUUAUUCGUAGCCAUAGCCAUUGAAGCUUUUAACAAACUUGGGACAUUGGAUGAAGAUCAGC